AUGGGUUCAUUGAAGCAGCAGCCAUCCUCCCGCUACAACACUCCCUCCUCUUCCUUCCUUUCCUCCUCCUCCAGCCCCAGAUCCUCCGCUAAAUCCGACCCCUCUUCCUCCACUGACACCCUGUUCCUCGCUAGUAAUCAUACUCCACCUUCCUCCUCACGGGCCCUCGUCAAGACCAAGAAUGCCCGCUCCACCCACCACCACCACCACAACUUCACCUCUAUGGUCAAGAAAUUUAUGGAAACAAAAUCCGCCCACUCUUCUUCUUCCUCCAGAAAAUUAUCCCAACAAGUUGUUCAAAGGGGGAAGAGGAAUAACGAGGAGAGCAAGAUCUUGAACGAGAGGAAGGCCUUGACUGAGGUCAAAGGGAAUACCAGAACUCUUGCCAUGGUUUUGAGGAGUGAAAGGGAGCUCUUGAGUUUGAACAAAGACCAGGAAAAUCAGAUUUCUGAGCUUAAGCUCAUGCUCGAGGACAAAAACAGAGAGGUUGAAAAGCUGAAGGAUUUGUGCUUGAAGCAAAGGGAAGAGAUAAAGUCCCUGAAAAGUGCGAUUCUGUUUCCAGAUGUGAUGAACUCACAACUGCAGGAGCUCCUGGCUAAACAAGGUUCAGAACUAAAGGAGGCGAAACAACUUAUCCCUGGUUUGCAGAGGCAGGUCACUUCUCUUACAGGGCAACUACAGUGCCUUGCUGAGGGUCUUGCAGAGGUCAAGGCAGACAAGUGCUCAGUGAGGGCUGCUUUGAUAAUCAUAGCUCUCCAAGGACUCCAACAUAUGAGCACGAAGAGGCAACUAAUUCCCUGGAGUUCAGUUCUGGUGAUCAUACAGCACCCGGCAGUCCAGAUGACAUGUUUCUCAAAGAUCUGAAUCCCUGCCUAACUCCCUACUACAAAACAAAGUCCAUGGAGUUUGAGAAGCUUGACUUCCCAGAUGAUGAAGGUUUGUUUAGAAAGAAUUUGAAAAUUGGCCAUGAGUCUGGCUUCAAUUCUUGCACACAAAAAUUAUCAAAGAGUUCAGACUGUUGCCAAUGUUCAAAGACAUCAAGCACUUCUGCCCCAGCAGCACGCAGAUCUGAUGGCAAGCAGAUGCAUCAUAAACUUUUCUGAAGCAUGAAAGAUUUUGCUCAUCUUAGACUCCACCAUCAUCCUUCCAAUACUGCCAAAGAGUUCUAUCUUGUCAGAGUUCAGAUUCUUGCCUUAAGGACAGGAAGCAGUUCGCUUCAUGCACAUGAGAACUGAUGAAAGGAAGUGCAACCAUGGGAAAUGGAUGCAUCAUACACUUUUUGAAGCAUGAAUGAUACUUCUCCAUUUUACAUUUUAUCGUUGUCCUUCCAGCAAUGCCAAUGUGUUGUUUAUCUUUAUGUUCUUAAACUUAUAAGGUCAAAUAUGCGCAUGUAAAUUCUAAAAUUGCAAGCCUGCUUUAUGUCUGCGAACACAAAGUGACCUAUAUUACCCAAAAUUUUCCUAA